AAAAAAAAACUGGAAAUCCUACUUAUUAAGGACAUGUAUGGACUCCUGAAGGACGAGAAUGCUGAACAAGCAAGCCAGGAUUUUAUCACCAAGUCAGCAUUUGCUGAGAUGGAUCAGGACGAGGACGGAAAGAUCAGCAAGGACGAGUUUGUGAACGCCUGCCUAGGACAGGAGAAGUUUAGCAAGAUGCUUGCUCUCAAGGUUGUUGACAUCUUCGUUGAGGACUUUAUAUUUUGCUUUAACGAGUAAGGAGAAGACGACAUUCAAGAGAAUCAUUGCUUUUUGUAACAGUUUGCUUUAACACAUUUUAACUCUUUAUUUUAUUUCAUAAAUAAAUGUAUGCUUUUAAUAACA